AUGGCGUGUUGGUUCCAGCAGCCGCCGGCAGCAAACCCCGGCGGCGUCAGCGACCAGGCUCGGCGUUUGUUGGCGCACGAGGCACAUGGGAUGAAGCAACGGGCGCUCCCUCGACAUUCUAGACCAUCCAUUCACACCAAAGUCCGUACGUGCCCUGGUGCCAUCGAAAUUCCACCAGGACACAAGGGUUUCCUGAUGAGGCUUUGA